GCUAACCAUUUGAGUCUAAGCCCAAAUCAUUAUCUAAAGUUGGACUGUCCAAAGCAGACAAAAUUGCCAACACGAAAAUCGGGCCGUUAUUAGGAGACUAUUAGACUCAGUUGGGCCCACGUUGAAAGACAUAACAGGCGUAGGCCUAAUAAUCAUGGGCCAUUGAUGGGCCAGACCUUUUUCUGUGGAUCUAGCAAACAUGCUGACAUGGCGGCCUAAGAAAAAACAGUUGCAAAGGAGUCACUUUACUUAAGAAACAGACAAUUCUCCCUCUUUUUCUCUGUGUUUUUCUCUGUGUCUGUCUCCUCUGAUUCACGCCAACGUUGCUCUUCCCCUGCGGCAAUCUCGAUUACCUAUGCAAAAUCUAAUUCCCAUUUUUCGAGCUAGAGCUAGGAGUUUUUAGAAUGUGAUCUCUGCUUUUUCUUUUAGAUGGCGACAACCCAAGAACAGAAUCUCUCUCAUUCUGGACUUCGUGAGAAGCACCAAGAAGAAUUGGACAAUCUUACAUUAACAAUUCAGCCCUUAAGAACUCUAAAGCUUUUUGCCUUUGCUGUUAUUCAAUGGAUUCAUCAGAUAAUUCGACAUCGAGCUGGUUGGUUCAUGUUUUCAAGCACUUUGGCUGGAAGUAUUGGAAUUUUGGUCAUGACCAUUGGUGGGCCUCAUGAAUUGGUUCAAGAGCAUAUUCAUUACGUUCAGUUUGGAGUUUGGUGGUUGGCCCUUGGGGUAGCAUCAUCUAUUGGUCUUGGAUCUGGUUUGCACACAUUUGUGCUGUAUUUGGGUCCACACAUUGCCUUUUUUACAAUUAAAGCUGUGCAGUGUGGCCGUGUUGAUUUAAAAAGUGCUUUAUAUGAUACCAUUCAACUGAACACUGGUCCUUCAUGGCUGAAAAAAAAUUGCUCUGACUAUGGACCUCCACUGUUCCCAUCAGGACAUGGUUCAAGAGUUCCACUCGGUAGCAUAUUGCCUCAGGUUCAACUAGAGGCCAUCUUAUGGGGCAUUGGGACUGCACUUGGAGAGCUCCCUCCAUACUUCAUAUCUAGAGCAGCUUGCAUAUCAGGUAGCAAAUUGGUUAUCAUGAGUGAUUUAGAUUCUUCUUCAAUGGAAGAUGGUAGUAUCACAGCCAAUCAUCUGAAACAGAUAAAAUAUUGGCUCCUUUCACACUUACAAUACUUGAACUUCUUUACAGUUUUAGUUCUUGCUUCGGUUCCAAAUCCUCUGUUCGAUCUUGCUGGUAUUAUGUGUGGGCAAUUUGGUGUUCCAUUUUGGAAGUUCUUUCUAGCAACAUUACUUGGAAAGGCGAUCAUUAAAACUCACAUUCAGACGGUUUUUAUCAUCUCAAUUUGCAACUAUCAGCUUCUGGACUUCAUUGAAAAUGAGUUGAUUAGAGUGCUCAGCUUUAUCCCAGGAGUAGCCACCAUCCUGCUGGACCUUAUCAGGAAACUACAUACUAUUAGAGACAAAUAUAUGUCACCCUCUCCUCCAGUCUCCUCAAAUAUUAAAGUGAAUAGUUGGGAUUUAUCACUUGCUUCAAUCUGGAAUACUGUUGUAUGGCUCAUGCUUCUAAACUUCUUCAUUAAGAUAGUAACAGCAACUGCUCAGAACUUUCUCAAGGAACAACAGGAGAAGGAGUUGAUAACAUUAUCAAAGAACUAUUUUGAAUUGAAUCCUUCAGCUUCUAAAUCCAUUUAGACAUUUGAUAGUAGUUCUGUUCCCCGUUUAUGUUUAUCUUUUGCAUCAUGCCUAAUGAUGUGGUAAUUUUAGAGGCAGAAAAUUUUUAUAUCUGUCACAGUUAAUAGUUUUCCACACCAUACUCGGUUUUGUGUUUAAUUUGUAUGGAAAGCUUGAAGGAACAGAAGGGAAAAAGCAAGUUCCAUACUUCAUUCAUUCUUGUUAUUGGAUUUUGGACUUUAACAUAUCAUCUUUGUUGUCAAACCUCAGGCAAUAUAAAUCAAGUUAUUAGC